CAGAAAGCUUUGCCAUAGAUUGGGACGCCCCCUCCUGUCUCCCUUUCACGACCCACCAAACCAUGACCUCCACAAGCCAACAGAUGCAGCACCUCCUCGCCGUCCAGAGGGAUGGCAUGGUGCAAGUAAUGGGCGUCCCAGCUCCCCAUGGGGGCGUGGCACCACCCGCCUCAACACACCGGUAUGGUGGGCGUUGUUCAUCCCGGGAAGGCGCGCUGGUUAUGGCUCAGGUGGAUGCAUGAUAACGAGGGGUGGUGGUGGUAGUGGUGGUGUAGUGGCGUUGGUAGGGAGGGGGAGAGAUUGAGAGGGGCUAAGGUGGCGUGGGCCGGACCGCCAGGCAGCAGUUGAUCGUUUGGUCGCAGAGUGGUCGCACGGAACCCGGGACACACCACACAGGGAGCGUGGGCCCCCACUACUCUGGCGGAGUUCACGGCAAGGUGACAAUGAUGGCCGUGGUUCUAGUGAGCUGUGCGGUGCUAGUAGAGUAGCUGGAAAGUGCCGCCAUGUCCGAUAAAAGACAAUCGGGUCCGCCAGACGGCGGCCCCCCGGACCGUGAGCGAGGCGGCAGACAGCGUUAUGGCACGCAGGUGUAUGACUCCAAGGGCAUGAAGAACUCUCGUAUGAGUCAGCAAGCCGGUGAUGAGUACGGUCGGGAAGGCGGGCGACGCGGCCAGCCAUCAGGUGCUGCAGGCCCUGACGUGGCCACUGUGGGCGGCCUGCCCCUCACCCAAACGUCCACGGGACGAGGACGCCAAACUAAUGCGGGCGGCAGGCGUGGCAGCUUGGACAACGGACGCCAAGGCGAAGGGAAGGGCGGACAGCGUCGCGGCAGCAUUGACAGCGGAGAGCAGGACAGAGGGAAGGAUGCGGAUGACGGGGCGAGCAGCGUUGAAACUGGCCCGAGCCAAGACCAAGAUCAGAUCCAGAAACAGCGAGCUAGGGUUAUGCUGCUCAGCUCGAAGGGGGACUGGCCAGCCCUGGAUCAUGCCCUAAAGGUUCUGGAACGACUCGUUCCCGAGCAGCAGCUCUCCGGCAGCAGCUCCCAGCCACCCUUUCACCCGCUCAAGGAUUUAGCGGAUGAGACCACGGGGUACACUCCGCUUAUGUACGCCGCCAGGGAAAACAAGCCAGUAUUUAUCGACCGGCUCACCGAACUCGGCUGCAAUCCCAAUGACAAAAACAAGGAAGGUUACGCCGCAGUGCACCUGGCCGCGAUGUACAGCCGGGAGGAGACCAUCCGUCACCUGGUGCAGAGGAAGGCUGACAUCAACGCCGCAGGAGGGCCAAGGGAACAGACGGCGGCGCACUUGGUGGCCAACCGCAGCACAGGGGCGGCGGUGGCGCUCAUCAAGACGGUCCUCAUGCACGCCAAGCAGGACCUCAGACUCACCAAGGACAAUCGUGGCGACAUCCCGCUGUUCCUGGCUGUGGACGCGAGUCACCAGGGGCUGGUGCGGGAAUUGGUCUUCCAUCACGGGGCGGAGCAGGUGAAGGCUGUGAGGGGGCACACCAGGGACACCGUGCUCCACGUCGCCUGCAGGAAAAAGGACACGGACAUGGUCAAAAUUCUUGUGGACGCCGGGGCCAGCACGGACACCCAAAAUGCCGCAGGGCAGACGCCGCUUCAUAUCGCUGCCGAGGAAGGUGAUGAGGCUACUGUCAAAUAUUUCUACUCUGUGCACGCCAACCCCAACAUCACCGACAAGUUUGAUCGCACGCCCCUGCACGUGGCUGCUGAAAAUGGAUUCACGCCCGUGGUGGACCUCCUCGCUGAGAAGUUCAAGGCGUCGGUGAUGGAUCGCACCAAGGACGGGUCAACGCUGGUCCACAUCGCCUCCUUGCACGGCCACCCCGACACUGUCAUGGCCUUCCUCAGGAAAGGUGUGCCGCUCCACAUGCCAAACAAGAGUGGUGCGCGGUGCAUCCACACAGCGUCCCAGCGAGGCCACGUCGGGGUGGUGAACGCCAUCCUCCAUAAGGGCGAACACGUGGACGUCACCACCAAUGACGGGUUCUCGGCCCUGCAUAUCGCGGUGAAGUCUGGCAAGCCGGCCAUGGUGGAAGCCUUGCUAGGGCACGGCGCGAACCUCACCAUGCAAGGUGGAUCGGCACGGGAGUCGGCGCUUCACCUGGCCGCGAGGGUCAAAGAUGGCGAAAAGUGUGCCGAGAUGCUACUCAAGUCCGGUGCUGACGCUAACCUGCCCAAGGACGACGGCCAGACACCGCUUCACCUGGCGGCCCACCACGGCAACCUCAAGACCCUCAAGCUGCUCCUGGAGGACGACAACGCCAAGCCGCUGCUGCAGUCCAAGACGGGAGAGUCUCCGCUGCACCUGGCCUGUCUGUCUUGUCGUGUGGAGGCCGCCAAGAUGCUGCUGGAUCACGUCACUAGGAAGAGCGGGAGUGAGGCUGUAGAGAAGCUCGUCAACGCCAAGAAUCACGCUGGGGAGACGGCCUUGCAUUACGCAGCUCGGGUCAACAAGCAAAACGCAAACUACAAGGCGGGAGACGACAGGGAAAUGGCUCACAUCUUGCUAACUAACGGGGCACAGCUCAUGGUGGCAACGGCUAAGACCUCGGAGACUCCCAUCCAUUACGUGGCGACCUCAGGCAACGAGUCGGUGCUGGACGAAAUGUUGAGGUUUACGCCGCCAGAUAAAAUCCAGAAGCUGGUGAACAUGCAGUCGUCGCGAGGGUGGUCGCCGCUGCUUAAUGCUGCAGAGAACGGCCACGAAGGCAUUGUGUCCACGCUACUUGACCACCACGCCAGAGUAGACGUGUUUGACAGCGAGGGUAAAGCUGCGCUCCAUCUGGCUGCUGAACACGGCUACAAACUGGUUUGCAAUGCUCUAUUGACCCACAAGGCGUUCAUCAAUGCAAGGACCAUGUCGGGGCUGACAGCAUUGCAUCUGGCUGCCAUGAAGGGCUACAAUGACUUGGUGUGGUCACUCAUCACGCAGCACCACUCCCAGAAGGACGCCCUCACCUUGAAAAAGCAAACUCCCCUGCAUCUGGCAGCCGAGGCUGGGCAGCUGGAGGUGUGCGACACGCUCCUCCAGCUGGGCGCCGACACUAACGCCACAAACGAUGCGGGUCAGAAAGCAGUGCACGUUGCCGCCAUGCGCAAUAAUUCCGAGGUGGUGAAGCUCUUCCUCAAGACUUCACCGGAGCUGGUCACUACAGCGGACAAGGACGGCAACACGUGUGCACACAUCGCGGCGCAACAAGGCUCGGUGGACGUGGUGCGGGAGCUGAUGCGGCACAACCGAGGUGUUGUCAUCAAUGGCAAGAACCGUGUUGGAGAGUCUACCCCGCUCCACCUGGCUGCCGAGGGAGGCCACGCCACUCUUGUCAAGUUCUUGGUGGAGAAUGGAGCUUCACCCAAGGCUGAGAAUGGGAUGGGGUUCACGGCGGUGCAUCUGGCGGCCAGGUAUGGACACAGCCAAGUUUUGGACACACUUCGGGAAGUCACCAGUCUAAGAAUCGUUAGUAAAAAACUAGGUCUCUACGCCCUCCAUGUCGCCGCUCAUUACGGCCAGCCAGAGAUGGUGAGAGAUCUGCUGGCGCACAUCCCCGCCACCAUUAAGUCAGAGCCGCCAAUCUUGAGCGGAAGCAGACCAUUCCUGCCAGACCUGGGGGCCGAGGCAGACCUCACGCCCCUCCAUCUGGCAGCCCAUGAAGGAAACGAGGGUGUUGUCCGCAUUCUUCUCAACAUCCCGGGAGUUCAAGCUGACGGCACCUCCAGACUGAAUAGCUACAUCCCCCUUCAUCUGGCGUGCAUAGGCGGCCACACGUCUGUGGUCGGACUCCUCCUCUCCAAGUCCGCUAAACAGGUGUCAAAAGUAGACAAGCGCGGGAGGACAGGCCUACACUUGGCAGCCAUGCGAGGUCACUACCACCUGGUGGCGCUGCUCAUGGGCCAGGGGGCUGAGUUAGGAGCCAAAGACAGGGACGGCCUGACACCCCUUCACUAUUGCGCGAGAGCAGGACACUUGGAGGUGGUGAAGCUUCUGGUGGAUGCUGGAGCAUCACCAAUGGACAAGUCCGUAGAAGGAAAAACUCCCAUCGUGCUUGCCGUUGCCAGUGAGCACGUAGACGUGUACAACUACCUCAUUAACAAGAAACAUGAUUCGUACAAACUUCUGGAGGACAAAAAGUACGUGCACGACCUGACGCUAAUGAGCAAAAAGCACAACCAUUCUCCCCUUGAAGAGUUCAUCCUGCUCUCCCCGGCGCCCAUCGACCUGGCCACCAAGCUGGCCCACACCCUCCUCAUCCUCUCGGAAAAGGAAAAGGAGAGUAGCCGGGACCUGCUGGACGCGUCACUGUUCAGCGAGGCUCUGGCGACAGAGCUGGUGGCGAUAUCUGCAGCCAGCUCCUCUCCUGGCCUGAUACUGCGGGCGGUCGACAACAGAAAUAUAGUUCUUCUUGACUCGCUUAUCGAACACGAACAAAAACAGGUGAUUGCACAUCCAGCCGUCCAGAGGUACCUCACCGAUGUGUGGAUGGGAAGCCUCGACUGGCCCGGGUGGAAGGUGAUCCUCAUGUUCCUAGCCUUCCUCUGCCUUCCUCCUGUGUGGAUCUUCUUCAGCAUGCCUCUGGGUCACAUGUACAAUGAAGUGCCGCUGGUCAAGUUCAUCGCCUACCUGGUGUCCCACGUGUACAUGUUGAUUCUGAUGAUCAUGACGGUGGUGAUGCCCUUACGACCCAUCUGGGAGAACAUUGGCCUCUUCCCCAACUGGUACGAGUGGUUGCUGUUGCUCUGGCUCAGCGGGAAUCUUGUGAUGGAGCUCACUAAUCCAGGGGACAUUGCCGGGCUGGGGUGGAUCAAGGUGUUCGUCCUGGUCUUCAGCGGCUUCGGUGUCCUCGUGCAUCUUGUGGGUUUCUUCUAUCUAGGAAACAAGGAACUGCUGUGCGAGAUGCUGUACAUCAGAAACAACCUGCUGGCCAUCGCUCUCCUGUUGGCGUCAGUGCAGCUCCUGGAUUUCUUGUCAUUUCAUCACCUUUUCGGUCCCUGGGCUGUCAUCAUUGGCAAGCUAAUGGUGGACUUGGGUCGCUUCCUCGUCAUCCUUAUGAUCUUUGUGUUCGGCUUCUCAAUGUACGUGGCUGCCAUCUACAACCCGCUGCGACCCAUCUACUCUGAAUUUAAUUACACUAUAGAUGGCGAGACCACAGGUUAUCCGCCCGCAGAGGCGCCAGUGCAGAAUCCUUUACAAGCCGGCGAGAUGUUGUUCUUCUCCCUGUUUGGUUUGGUGGAACCUGACUACAUGCCUCCUUUUUAUAGCCACCCUGUUUGGAGUCAGACUCUCAUGAAGAUUGUGUUCGGAAUCUACCAGAUGGUGACGGUGGUGGUGCUCAUCAACCUGCUGAUCGCCAUGAUGUCUGACACCUACCAGAGGAUUCAGGCCAAGAGCGACACGGAAUGGAAGUUUGGACUUGCCAAGUUGAUUCGCAACAUGAGCCGCACGUCCGGCACUCCCUCACCUCUCAAUCUUCUCGUCAAGUUCAUUGUUUACAUCAUCGCCAUUUUCAAAUUCAGAUGUAACCUGUGCUCAGAGAAAGCAAUGGACUACAUGCGGACUGAAGGUCGGACUGAAGAUUCGCAUUUAGCAGACCUGAAAACAGAGUUCGGUGGAGGAUGGAUUAAAAAGCUUCGGUCACGCAGUAAAGCCAGCAUUACGCCUCAAAGCACAGAAAACCUGGUGCCGCUGAGCAACAUGGAGGGACCGCAAGGCGUCAGGAGGAUUGAGAAUGUUAUCAAGUGGAGUCGUGUGGUGAACCGAUACCGCAUCAUGCACCGCAAGGAGGUCCAGCCGGGCGAGAGCUCCGACGGCGAGAAUGACAUGCCCACAGACUCCAUGGAAGACUUACAUGAGGAGGCGCUGCUCAAUGGUAAUAUUGAAUCCAACUCCAGCCAGCCCGCCAAUGCCUAAGGGACACGCUGCAAAGCCUCGGUAAACACGGUACACCUUCACUGGUGCACCGAGGAACUACACUGCAAAAACGUGACGAUGCUAAAUUUGCUGUGUGUACGGCCCAAGGUGCCUCAGCUGGCGUGCUGGGCGGGUGGCCGACCACUGCUAUGACUGCUGAGUUAACAUGAUCUCUUAAUAGUUCCUGAUUUUCAAAGGCUUGAUUUGAGAUCAUCUGUGACUCAAUAUCCAUUCUUGCCAAAUUCACACACAAACCACAAACCUCCGAGAGGAGGAGUCAUUGCACAAAUUAGUAUAAAACACGUGAAAUACACAGUUUGACAUUCAUGCAUUGUAUACGUAUAUGAUUAGUGUUAUUAUCUGAACAUCGUACAUGAUUUCCCUUAGUGGCAUACUGGCAAACUAGACUAGCCAAUAACACAACUCUUUCUCAUUGCGAUUCCUCACACUGAUACCGCUGUGUGCCCAUUGCCUCCUUCAUUCAUCUUGUCAUUCCCUGGAAAUACGGAUAUUCCAUUUACCUACUGACCGCCUCAUCAUGUCAUCUUCCUUCGACAUUAUCGCCAUAUGCUACAGAUGUUAUUCUUCAGCAUAAACCUGUGAAUAGAAUUACGUAAGAAGCCAAGAAAUAGGUGAAAAGAAUCCAUUGAGCUGUAUAUAGUAAUAACUUGGGAUUCGGUAUAGCGAAGGCCUUGUUAAGAUAUUCAGAUGAAGUAAUGCAGCUUAGCGUGGAGUGAAGGUGUGCUGACUGGUGGUGAGCUGCAGACACUGAACACGUCUUGAUACAGUCACGGCAACGUUUAGUUAGAAAUGUUGCGUUUUGAAAGAUUGUGGCAUGUAUAAAGGAUUAGUUAUAGGUGUCUUGUUGUUGCUCCCGUUGCCUCGCCGUAAGUCAGCUGCCUUUCUUUUGCGUGAAGGCAAUUAGAAGAGGAAGCCUUAAUGUAGUACCAUCACACUGGGCUCGAUUUCCAUGGUGCCAUUUGUCUUACUUGGCUUUAGGUAAUAAUGUCAUUUUUUUUUUUUUUUUUUUUUUUUUAUUUGAUAAGUAAACGACCAAAUGGCGUUAUACAUACGUAUUUAUCCUAAAAAUAGCUGUACAACAUUUCAUAAAGAUUGGCCACUUCUCACAGAGCGAUGUAGUAGCUAGCUGACUUGUUUGAUGUACUGUAACUGCAUUGAAUCUUAAUAUGUAUUUCAACCCAUACACAUAUCAUAGAAGAGAAGAAAAAGCUACUUAUUAUCAACGAGCUUCCUUUGCUCCUCUUUGCUGCAUAAUAUUCAGUAUCCU